GGAGGUGAUACAGCAACCCAGGUGGGAGGGAGCCUGGGACCAGGGGGAAGGGGCAUAGUCCUGUGGGCUGCAGACAAGGAGGCCAGAGCUGAGCUGAGGGAGGGUGGCCCUUGGGGAGGGUGGCGCCUUGCUCCCAGUGUAUGCUUCUCUUCUGGCUGGAAGUGCAUCAGCUGGAGCAGCCUGACUGGGUCCUGGCCCAGAGGGAACUCUGUAAGGGAGGGGGGAGGGGGAUGGAGGAGUAGAGAGGGCGGGGGAGCUCACACCAGGCCACCCUGUGGAAGUGAAGGCCAGCAUCACACACACCUGCCCUGGGCCAGCACAGACCACACCUUGGAGGCCCUCUUCCUAUUUCCUCUAUGUUUUUAUUGACAGAUAACCUCCUGCCCACCCGCAGGGCUGUAAGGUUCUCAGGCUGUGACUGACCAGCCAGGCUAAAACUGGUGGGGUCCCCAUGCCCCCAGGAUGUCACACAAACCCAGUCCCAGCAAUGAGUGCUGAAUGGAGAGGCUCUGCUGAGCUUGGGAGUAAGUCUCCCGCUGGGUCCCAGGGGGUGUGCAGCCUCCUCAGUCACCUGCAGAAGCCCUGAGGUCUCCUGGUUACUAUGGCCCAGGGGGGCAGAGCCCUGAGCACAGAACUGCAGGAAGCCUGCCAGUUGCUCAGAGAUCACAGGCCCAGCGCCUCCUUCACCAGGUCACAGGCAACACCGGGCCCCCUCUGGCUUCUGGGGACACCAGCGGCUCUGCUGGGAGCCCCCUUGGUGGGUCUGGCUCCUUCUGCAGGGAACCUGGACUUACAUUUAUUCUACCUGCCUGUUGACUCAGCAAGGAGAGGAGGCUCACCCCACCCCCUGCGUGUGCCCUUGGUUACAUGUGUAAAUGCCAACCCUCAGAGCUGUGGGCAUGGAGAAGCAGAAGAAAUACUUAUUUCCAAAAGGCUCAGGAAUGACCAUGUCCUCAGUGUACGCGUGUAUGUGCGUGUGUGUGUACAUGUGUGCAUACACAUGUGUCUGAGCCAAAUCUGGCCCAUGGCUUGUUUGUAAAUAAAAGUUUAUUGCACACGGCCGCAGCUCGGUGGCUGCUCUGCACUCCAACAGCCUAGUCGAGUAUUUGCAGCACAGACUGUAAGGCCUGCCAAACCUGAAAUAUUUUCUCUCCGGUCCUUUAAUAAAAACUUUGGGAUCCCCUGAGCCCCACAUGAGCACUGGACUGGAGACCACCCCAUGGCUGGGAGGAGCCUGAGAGAGGGUGCUGGGGGCGGAGGACGCCAGGUUCUGUUUUCCAUUGACUGGUCUCUGAAGGCGCCUCCUCCCUGCCAGGGGUUCAACACCCCAGCUGUCAGGCCCUGACAGAAGGCUAAGCAUUGACAAAGGGUCAGGUAACCACCACAAGCAGGCAGCGGGCAGCGGGCAGCGGGCGGAGCUGGAGGGGGAGCCCAUCCACAGACCUCACCUCUGACACCGCCUGGGCCAGCCGGGAAAUGCUCCGCACUCUGACCUCCGCCAGUGUGGCCCUGGGGCCCCGGGUGGCAGGCUGGGUGCGCACCAUGGCCUCGCACCAGCUGCUGGUGACCCCCCCAGAGGCUCUGCUUAAGCCCCUGUCGGUGCCCAGCCGGCUCCUGCUGGGGCCCGGCCCCUCCAACCUGGCUCCACGCGUCCUGGCGGCCGGGGGACUGCAGAUGAUCGGCCACAUGCACAAGGAGAUGUACCAGAUAAUGGAUGAGAUCAAGCAAGGCAUCCAGUACGUGUUCCAGACCAGGAACCGCCUCACGCUGGCCAUCAGCGGCUCGGGGCACUCUGCCCUGGAGGCUGCCCUGCUCAACCUCCUGGAGCCUGGGGACUCCUUCCUGGUUGGGGCCAACGGCAUUUGGGGACAGCGGGCAGUCGAGAUCGGGGAGCGCAUAGGAGCCCGCACGCACGCAAUGAUCAAGGACCCUGGAGGCCACUACACAAAGCAGGAGGUGGAGGAGGGCCUGUCCCAGCACAAGCCGGUGCUGCUGUUCCUGACCCACGGGGAGUCCUCCAGCGGCGUGCUGCAGCCCCUGGAUGGCUACGGGGAGCUCUGCCACAGGUACCAGUGCCUGCUCCUGGUGGACUCUGUGGCAUCCCUGGGCGGGGCCCCCAUCCACAUGGAUCAGCAAGGCAUCGAUGUCUUGUACUCGGGUUCCCAGAAGGUCCUGAAUUCCCCUCCGGGCACCGCACUCAUCUCCUUCAGUGACAAGGCCAAGAAUAAGAUCUACACCCGGAAGACGAAGCCCUACUCCUUCUACCUGGAUAUGAAGUGGCUGGCCAACAUCUGGGGCUGUGACGACAAGCCCAGGAUGUACCAUCACACGACCCCCGUCAUCAGCUUGUUCAGCCUGAGAGAGAGCCUGGCCCUCAUCGCAGAAGAGGGCCUGGAGAACAGCUGGCGACGGCACCGGGACGUCACCGCUUACCUGCACGGGCGCCUUCAAGGGCUGGGCCUGCAGCUCUUCGUGAAGGAUCCCACGCUCCGGCUGCCCACCGUCACCACGAUUGCCGUGCCCGCUGGCUACGACUGGAGAGACAUCGUCAAGUACCUCAUAGACCACUUCUCCAUCGAAAUCACGGGCGGCCUGGGGCCCUCCUUGGGGAAGGUGCUGCGGAUCGGCCUCCUGGGCUGCAACGCCACCCGGGAGAACGUGGACCGAGUGAUUGAGGCCCUACAGGAGGCCCUGCAGCGCUGCCCCCGGAAUAAGCUAUGACUUGGGCACCAGGCCCUGCCCUUGGGCCCGGGGGCAGGAUAGGCCCCAGCCCCAAGUGGCCCUUCUCCUUCCUAGUAGAACUCCCUGGAAGUGGUCCUUUGGGCUCAGGAUCCUCAGCUCCUCCCAACUGAGCUGCAAUCCCCAGGUCACUGGCCUUCUGAGAAUACUCAAUAAAGAACAGGUGGUCAUCCAUCCUCACUGUGCAGGCUGGGCUGCGGAAGAGUCUGGCAGGAAGGCACUGCUGCCCCCUGACUGCACCUUUGUUGGGGGGAGCUCACAGCAGAUCCUCGCUUAGGGCUUCCC